AUGUCGCUGCAGGGCGGCGACGGUGCCUCUCCUGACCAUCAGGAGAAAAAGGUGCCGAGACCUUCGUCGGCGGCCAGCUCGAGCCCAGAUACGGGUGGAGAGCAGGAUUCAUUCGAAGAUGCUGUAGACAAUGCAGAUAGCACGGUUGACACAGUUGACGCGGGAUCUGUACGCUCAUUGACAAAACGAUCCGUUUCGGUUACGAAAAGCCUGUCGAGCCAAAUCGAUGUAGAUGACAGGGACAAGAAAAGCGCCAAGGACGAGUCCCUGGACCCCAACAAGCCAGAAUCCAAACCAAGCUCUCGCCGGACAUCAUCGCCGCUUUCACAACGCAUAUCGAACACGUCGAAUCUGGACAAUGUGAAUCUGGACGACGACGACCCUUCGAAGUCAGAUGGACCGCAAAGUCCAUCUGAAAAGGAGCUUACCAGCAAGACUUUGUCACUGAGCAGCAUAACAAAUGCCCUCCCAGCUAUGCCUUGGUCACCAUCGGGUGAAUCUCCGUCGAAGAGCCCUGGUCCUUCACUCAACGCAGUCGCCUCUCCCCCACCACAACCGGCACCAGGGCCUCCUACCCGAAAACUGACAAGCCCAUUCUCCUGGUUAUCACGAAACUCUACAAGCAAGGACAAGGAUAGCUCCACAUCUCCACCUGCUCAGCCAUCUGGUCGAAGGAACACCGCAAGCUCCAUUGCUACCUUGACAAGCAACCCCGAAAUGAUGCUCAGCAAACUUGAAGAGGAAAAUGAAGGAGCCAAUGGGGUCAAUGGUAACCAGCGUGAGAGCCUGAAAGACAGGUUUAAAGCUCUGCGAAUGCGCGAGGAAGCUGGUAUACAGGUAAUUCCUGGUGAGGGUGACGGGCAGGGUGAUGCGCUCGGGCUCGUUAGCCCAGGCGGUGAGACCGUGCCGGGCGACAAGGGCCAACUCCCUCCAGUGCCCAGUCCCAAUAAUGAAUUGCCGCCUGGCACAGUAUCUGGAGUCAAUGCCGGACCUUCAGCAAUGCAAGAAGCUCAAGUGGACUGGGACCUUUGGCAGUCAGUUGUCUAUGAAGGCCCGGCCGCUGUAGCCCGAACUAGCCCCGAGGAGUUGAACAAGGCGAUAGCCACAGGUAUUCCAAAUGCAAUCCGUGGAGUUAUUUGGCAAGUCCUUGCGCAGAGCAAAAAUGAGCAUCUUGAAACUCUGUACAAGGAACUUGUCGACAAAGGCACGGACAAGGAAAAACGGAAUAGCGGCGGCAGUACAACCGCGAGCUCAACCAACAGUGGCAACGCUGCCAGCACUAAUGGUGACGCGGUGAAAUCUUCUUCGUCAUCCGUCCAUUCGAAUCAAUCCGCUGGCAAUGGCAGUGCCUCACCCAGAAGCGAGAAGAGCCAAGAAGCGAUUGCAAAGUUGCAGGCUGCCUCGGCGGCUGAAAAGAAAAAGAAGCAGAAAGAGGAUGCAGCUGCACUACAGAAGCUCGAGAAAGUUAUCCGACGAGACUUGGGUGCGAGAACGAGCUAUUCCAAGUAUGCUGCGGCUGCAGGCCUCCAAGAUGGCCUAUUUGGUGUUUGCAAAGCAUAUGCCCUUUACGACGAGGGUGUUGGAUAUGCACAAGGCAUGAAUUUCCUGAUUAUGCCAUUGCUGUUCAAUAUGCCCGAGGACGAGGCAUUCUGUCUGCUCGUUCGGUUGAUGCACCAAUACCACCUACGAGAUCUAUUUAUCCAGGAUAUGCCUGGACUGCACAUGCAUCUAUAUCAAUUUGAGCGACUGCUGGAAGAUUUGGAGCCGGCGCUGUACUGCCACUUGCAUCGCCGUGGCAUCUCCCCGCACCUUUAUGCAACACAAUGGUUCCUCACCCUUUUCGCCUACCGCUUCCCUCUUCAACUUGUGCUACGUAUUUAUGACCUGAUCCUGUCUGAGGGCUUGUCUGCUGUCUUACGGUUCGGUAUCGUGCUGAUGCAAAAGAAUGCCAGUACGCUGUUGGAAAUAUCCGAUAUGCAACAACUUACAACACACUUGAAGGAUAAACUUUUUGAUGUAUAUAUCGACAAAGAUCCCAGCCAGGGUAGCAUUCUUGAGAACGGAUUUUUCGGAAGCUCGAGUUCAAGCAUGGACAAGGAGGUGUAUAGAGCAGACCAGCUUGUCCGAGACGCGUGUGAGGUCAAGAUCACACCAGAGGUAUUGAAGAUGUAUACUACCGAAUGGGAGGAAAAGACCAAGGCCGACAAGGAUCGUGAAGCAGAAUUGCAAGAUUUGAGAAUGGCCAAUCAGAACUUCGCUGUCCAAGUGCGCAAGUUGGAGGAGCGAGUUCAAGCUUGUGACACGGAGCAAGCGGCCCUUGCCACGGAGCUCGUUCAUACCAAAGUUGAGAAUGAGGAGCUACGAGACGAAAACGAGAGCAUGAAAGGCCAGGUCAAAGAGCUGAGAAACGUGAUUGAGAAGCAGCCCGAAGAAAUUGAGGAGAAGUGGAAGCUGGAGCGUGACGACCUGAUGAAGCGAAAUGGAAAGGUACAUGAAGAAAACGAAAAACUGGAAAAAGAAUUGGCCGAGCUUGAGGAGGAGCUGGUGCAGACAAAGAUGCGGUAUGCUGAGAUCAACGACCAGCACGAAGCACUCAACCGCAGAUGGGCGGACAUGAAGCGCCAAUUCGCAACGUAG